GGUCAACUACGUCGCCGUUGAUUGAACCCGUCAGUGAAUCAGCUGAUCGCUUUACUCACGUGGAGAAUCAGCUGUGCGCGACAAUGGAGGAACUGAUGGAUAACGAUCAAGAGAUACCGCCCAUUAAAUACGAAUAUCUCGAUCACACCGCCGACGUACAAUUGCACGCAUGGGGCGAUACGAUGGAGGAAGCUUUCGAGCAAUGCGCGAUAGCCAUGUUCGGUUACAUGACAGAUCUGGAGCGCGUGCAGAUCACACAGGUGCACCACGUGGAGGCCGAGGGUCACGAUCUCGAGAGUCUGCUUUUCCACUUUCUCGACGAGCUACUUUUUAUGUUCAGCGCCGAGCCGUGCAUUGUCGCUAAGAAAGUCAAGAUUACUGAAUUCAACAAGCAGGAAUUAAAAAUCAAAGCAAUCGCGUACGGCGAGGAGUUCACGAUCGGCAAGCACACGCAAGGCGCCGAGGUAAAGGCCAUUACAUAUUCCGCGAUGCAGAUUUACGAUCGUCCGCAGGUGGAUCGACCCGAGCUCUUUGUCAUUAUCGACAUAUGAUUGUAAUCGAGUAAACACGCACGAUCGUCUUACGUUUCUCGGCGUUCUCUAGCGCGGCACUGGACGACGCUGUAAAAAAAAAAAAGUUGGAAUGACUGGCCUAAACGGAGGAUUGGAGGGAAAAAUAGAGGGAGGUUACCGAAGGGCGAGAAGGGAGACCGUACGCCUCCCCUACAUAGGAUACGAUCCUUUUGUAUCUGCUCCGUAGAGUUCAAAUAAAUACGUUACGAAGAAAGCACCGGGUCCCCUUCUUCUUGGCUUUACUUGAUUCAGGUCUGUACUAAUGUUAUCUAGAUACCCGAGAAAACGCGAUUGAAAAAUUGAAUAUGUGCAGAUAUGUCCGUUUUCGGUAAGAAUACCGUGCAACGCAUUUCUCUCAUUGCGUGAAUUAUAUCUUAUUUAUUAGUAUUAUUACUAAUUUACUAUGCUUAUUAUUAAUUUAUUAUGUAACAAACUAAUAGUUUAUGAAAUAUGAUCAAUACAAUAGAACUCUUUUAUUUUGGGUCCCUCUAUUCUGGAGUACUUGUGUCUCUAUAAACUGAAACUCUCCGUUGUUCUCUAGAGUAUUUAAUUAAUUAUUUGCCACAUAUGAUCAUAAAAU